AUGUUUGCUCUUCGACGGAUCAUUGCCCGCCCUAUGCUGCGCGUAGCGACGCGCCAGAUUCACGUGACGCCACGUCGCUUCGCCUCUGCCGAUCAACCGCCCAACAUGCAGCAGCUUGAGUCAAUGAUGAAUGACCCUCAUAUUCGUGAGACUUUCGAGAAGUUGAGCCGCCAUCCCCCGGCCAUUGAGGCCAUGCAGAAGAUGGGAGAUAUUAUCAAGAGCAAGGGACUUGCUACUUCAGGGCCACCGAGCAAGAUGGACAUCAUGAAGCUCAUGAUGGAUAAGGAGUUUCGUGAUGCUGCUACAAAUCUGACAACCGAAAUGCAAAAUGCUGGUGUCGAGAUCAACCCUGAUGUCUUCAUGAAGAUGAUGCAGGGUGAGAAAUGA